GUCCAGGUCCUUUGCGACGUAACCAUGUACCUUCCCGCACAUGAGACGACAUUCAUCGUUGGAUCAAGCGGUUGUGGAAAAUCCACUCUCGGUGCAAUCCUCGUAGGUGUUUACAACCCAACAUCUAGUUAUGUACUUCUCGACGAGUAG